UUUAGAAAGAAAUGGAGAAAUCAAAGAAAGCAGAUAAGGAAAAGACUAUUAAGAAUUAUGGAACUAAGGCUAAAGGGUUGACUGAUGAAAUGAUUGCUGAUCUUAGGGAAUGUGAGGAUUUAAAAUAAGUUCCUUGUUUUGAAUAAGCAUAUUAAGAAAGUUAAGAAAAAUUUUGAGAAGAGAAAGUAUGAGAUUAAGGGACUGAAAUUAGAGUUUAAAGACCUUGACAAGAGAAUUAAAGACUUUGCAAAAGAGCAAAAUAAGAUUUCAUUGGUUGAAAUUCCAGAAACUAGCGAGCCUCCUGCUGCCCAAAAGAAGAAAUAA